GGAAAAGCGCAGUACUAUUCUCACCUUAUCGCAUGCGCGUUUGGAGUGCUAUUUGGGGUUAUUCGUCACUCUGUAAGUAGACCCCAAUUGCUCAGAUUAUUGUUCAAGUUGUUUGCAAUCAGUAACAUAGGAGUGGAACUUCGAAAUGGCACGAAUAAGUAAAGCCGCGUUACGACGCUUCCUGAAUCAAAACCUAUUGAUCACGCUAACUAUUGGCGGUGUGAUUAUCGGCAUAGCGCUUGGAUUGGGAUUGCGGAACAUUGGUGAACAUGGCAGCACAUGGACUCAAAGAAAUGUUAUGUACGUUAACUUCGUCGGCGAUCUGUUUCUGCGGGUGAUAAAGGCCAUUAUACUGCCAUUAAUUGUGACGUCACUUAUCUCGGCGGUAGGAUCACUGGAAACGAGCCUGUCCAAGAAAAUAGGUGGCAUGGCUAUUGUAUACUACAUUACUACGACGGUCAUAGCCGUGUUAGAAGGAGUUGCUUUGGUGAUAACCAUACAGCCUGGAGUACGAUCUGGUGACGAUCAACUGUCGGAAAAUGGUUCCAAAGCUAACAUCACUACGGCUGAUACUCUGUUGGAUCUUAUCCGUAAUAUAUUUCCCCCCAACGUGGUACAAGCCUGCCUGCAGCAGUACCAAACUGUGCUAACUCCCCCCAAGGCGCAUCCCACUGAGACAGAUCUUGAAAAGUGGGAUAUUAGCGGGCGCUUCACGGACGGCACCAAUUUAAUCGGUAUCGUGGCUGCAUCAAUUGUGUUUGGCGUUGCGUUGAGUGUCGUUAAAAAUGAAGCACAAAUACUAUUGAAAUUUGUUCAACAGCUUUCGCAAACCGUUAUGAAGAUUACCGGUUGGAUUAUAUGGCUCUCACCGAUUGGCGUCUUAUCACUCAUUAUGGCCAAGUUUCUAGAGAUGGAAGAUCUGGCCGAUGUGUUCAACAAGCUCGGCAUGUACUUUGCGGUGGUCACGGGUGGCAUAAUAUUCCACGGAGUGGUAACCCUUCCGGCCAUAUAUUUCAUAUUCACGCGUAAGAACCCGUACACCUUUCUUGCAAAUAUGGGUCAAGCUCUGGCAACGGCUUUUGGCGCAUCGUCCAGUUCGGCGGCACUUCCGGUUACGCUCAAGUGUUUGGAGGAGAAGAACCAUAUCGACACUCGGAUAACCCGAUUCGUUAUACCGAUUGGCACAACAAUCAAUAUGGAUGGCACUGCGUUGUAUGAGGCAGUGGCGGCCAUCUUCAUAGCCCAGAUGCGUGGAAUAGACAUGACAUUUGGUAAGGUUCUAGCGGUCGCUAUUACGGCCACCGCUGCCAGUAUCGGUACAGCAGCUGUUCCACAAGGUGGUUUAGUAACGCUAGUAAUGGUUUUGGAUUCCAUUGGUCUCCCCAGCGAAGAUGUUUCACUGAUUAUUGCCGUUGAUUGGCUGGUAAAUCGGAUUCGUGCAGCCGUGAAUGUUUUGGGUGACUGCUUUGGAGCCGGCAUUGUAGCACAUUACAGCAAAAAGGAUCUCACAAACGAGGACACGGACAAUGAAAAGUCUCCAGAAAGUAUUGCGAUUAAUGAAAAUAAAUAAUUGUAAAUAAAAUGCUUGUGAUAUGAACAAAAGA